AUUUCAUCUUAAUAAUUGCAAAAAGAAUUGUCAGUUAUUUCGAUUACCAAUAUAAUCUAUCAUAGAAGUAAGAGUGGCAUCAAAUAUUUCACCUUCUAUAUUGUUUGCAAACAGCUUGCUGAAAUAUUUGAUCAGCAUUCAAGUCUUUUUCUUUUUUUUGUGCUUUACAGACUGUUCUGCAUAUAAGGUGUGUAUGAGUUGUUCACAGCAGGUCAGAAAGGGGGAACAAUAAAUGUUUAUCAAAAGCAGUUUGACAAUUUUGUUAAGCAGGUGGUAGUCAAAUCCCUGAACUUCUAACUUAAUAAACUAGUCUAAACUGAUUGGCUGGUCCUAGCUGGUUUAAGCUGGUCUCCCAGCCUGGUCAAGCUGGUUUUAGCUGGUUGUUCUAGCUGGUCUCCCAGCCUGACCAGCUAAAGAAGUGGUCAAAACCCCAUUAAAAUUAGCCUUCUGACCAGUUAUGACCAGCUUAGGCUGGGUGUAUUUUUUUUUUUUUUUUAAGAAGUUUAGUGCAUUUGUUAUGAACGACACAAUUCACAAAGUGCUAUUAUUUCAGCAAAAAACCUAUACAUUUAUAAGAAUUUAACUACCAUCAUCUAUAAAGAGCCCAUGCUUAGUGAUUACUUGUAUAAAUCUAAUGACAGAAUCUUAACUAAAACCUUUUUUUCCUGAAGAUUCAUACCCUAGGACUUUUAAUAUAUGGAGCACGAGGGAACAAUUAUUCUGUAUAGUAUCUGACCUGUUUUAAGAGAGAGAGAGAGGAGAAUUACAAAACUCAAAUACUAGCUAACAAUGAAAGCUGUGAGACUGGGUAACUUCAUCCACAGUCAUAAUGAACGCAGGGAUGAAGAGAGUCACGAGCUCCGGCUGAAUGAACGUGUUGGAAAUGACGGAGACUGAAGCUGGACGCUGUGUCAGAGAGAACUCAAAAAUGGAUGUCUCAAAAAGGAUCAUCAGAAAUCUGGAACCAGCGAGACCACUGCGCCGUCUUAACAUUAAUCAAGUGCCUCAAAGCUAUGCUGAGAUUAAGCCGGACAACAUUAUUAAAGUGGAGCAUUUCUAUGAAAUCCUGCAUCUUCAAAGCACUAGCGCCCAACCAAAGAAGAAAGCUGAAAGAAUUUGCUACACUCGGGACUUCCUCAUCAAGUUGGCAAGUUGUCCAAUGGCUAAGAUGAAACCUGAGUUUUUACCAGAACAUCCAAUCGUUUUGGAGAAGGGAAGAACCAAUGAUGUGCCCAGAUACUUCAUCACCAACUACAACAACAAUGAGGACUUGGCUGACUAAUGUGGGGAAUUUCUUACAAUCUUUUUUUAAUUGUCCUAAAACUGCACUGCAUGGGGACCAAGUGGAAAGGGUCACAAGUUAAAAUCAUAACUUUCAAGGUUAUAAAGGGUAAAAUAUUUGCCUUAAUUUUACAAUGAAAACUGAAUUUUGUAAAGACAAAUAUUAAUACAAAAAAUAAAAAUAAAUUGUUGCAAUGCUGGUUCCUAACCAGUCCACAGUAUACAAAAAGUUAAAUGAUACUAACAGCACUGAUGCCUUGAUCCUUGCGAAAGAUUUCACACCCAAUUUUGUCAUGGUAAACUCGUUGCCUUUCAUGACCAUACACUUUUGUUUUACCUUAUUAGACAAUUGUGAUGUCAAACUCAGGCUUUUGAUACUUGCCUAAUGUAGGUUGUGUUACUAUAAUGCACUAAAACAGCUGUUCUGGAUUCACGUUCUGUGGUGUUAAAAUUACUG